AUCCCCAAAUGUUGCGCACGCAAAACUUGCUAUAUAAACAACAAGGUGGUGAAUGAAGCGUGAAGUCUCUUUCACUUCCAUUUUCAAUAUCAAAGAAAAGAAUGAAAAGACCACGAAAAUCAAAGAAAAGGGUUUGCAUGAAACAAUCGGUUGCUGAGUGUUAUCAACAAGAAGAAAAAGAAGAAGACGAAAGAGAGUUUCCAAAAUGGAUCACACAUUAUUGUAGUGAUCAUCAAAUACUUUUGGUUGGUGAUGGCGAUUUCUCAUUCUCCCUUUCCCUCGCUAAAGCUUUCGGCUCUGCUUCAAACAUUGUUGCUUCUUCUCUCGACUCAUACGCCGAGGUUACCAAGAAGUACAAGAAUGCAAAGUCAAAUUUAGAAGAAUUGCAGAAGCUGGGAGCAUACUUGUUACAUGGAGUUGAUGCUACAAAAAUGAAACUUCAUCCAGACUUAAAAAUACGGAGGUUUGAUCGCAUUAUAUUCAACUUUCCUCAUGCAGGCUUUCACGGGAAGGAAGACAACUUGAUGAUGAUCAAGAUGCAUAUGGAUCUUGUGUUUGGUUUCUUCAAGAAUGCAAGUCACAUGCUUAGGAUCAAUGGUGAAGUUCAUGUCAAUCACAAAACUACUCCCCCUUUUGAUACCUGGAACAUACAGAAGCUCGCCGAGCAAAGCUUUCUGAUGAUGAUCGAGUGUGCUGAUUUCAAGCAAGAAGCUUAUCCAGGUUAUAACAAUAAGAGAGGUCAUAGAUCUCGAUGCGAUGACCCAUUUCCUCUCGGUAAGUGCAGCACUUUCAAGUUUAUAUACAAUCCUAGAAGUUUGAAAGACCAUUUGAGGAGAAAUCAUGUGGAGGUUUCUAGACAGCAAGAGAUUCAGAACAUGGAGCGAUUUCCAGCUUCAGUUGAUCUCAAUUAUCAUCCUCGAACAAGACUUCCAUUUGAAGUGAUUCACAACAUGGAGCGAAUUCCAGCUCCAGUUGAUCUCAAUUAUCAUCCUGGAGCAAGUCUCUUUCAAAAACCGAAUCAACUCGACUAUUACCCACACACUAGUCGCUUUCCGAAAACAGAUCGACUCCGUCAUUAUCCUCAGACAAGUGUCUUUCCAAAAGUGAAUCAACUCAAUCAUUAUCCUCAAAGAGUUGCUUCUUCUGCUGACUAUUAUCAUCAUUAUGCUCGCGAAAUGACACAGGACAGUCAAAGAUUGCUACGACCAAUGGAGUCAAGUUACAACCAAUCUUCGCAACAGUGGCCGACACCAACGAAUUGUAGACUUUGUUUGACAGAACAGCAUAGAAGAAUGGAUGUUACUCCUUUCAUGCCACAUGGUGCUAGAAAUUAUGACUACCACCAUUAUCAAGUCUAUGAAAGAAGCUCAACAUAUUCGCAAGAAAAACUUUAUGGAAAUGGUCAGAGGACAAGUGAUUGUUAUGAUAUAGCAAGGCAUGAGUUGGAGAGGUACAAUGCUGAAGUGCCUAGGAGAGAAUUUUGUAGUGAAAUCUAUGUUAUCCAAUGAGUAUGUUGAUGUUUUGUUACAUACUAUAGCUAGAUGGAAUUGUAAAACUGGUGAUUUUGUUAUCAACAUAUUUAGUUUAUGUUGAUCUUU